CGUUCGUCGGUCGCUCUGACGCAGAGCUGAUACCAGCUGACCUCGUGCUCGCGACCCGAGCUGAACCCUUCAGAGGAACAGAGGUGUGAAGAUAGACCCCGUCUGACUCCGAGCCCGAGCUCGAUACACGGAGGAAGAACACGCCAGCAAUGCAGCGUUUCAUUCAGUGAUUAUAUCGCAGCAUUACUUUCUCCCGCCAUGCAGCUACCGCUGGUGACUUUAAAGUGAACCAUUCAGCGUUUUACUGGAAGCACUAGGGGGAGUCAAAGAUCUUCAAGACGGCAACACAGAGAGGUUUUUUUUUUUUUUGAGUGCCAACAUUGUAGAAGACCUGUGAGUUUGUCUUGUGAUUUCAAACAUACAGUAAGGCCCAGACUCAAAACAUAAAAGCUGGCAGAACAAAGAGUGAUGUACCCUCAAGAAAUAACUGAUCCAGUCAGUCAGGAUGGAACUAUGUCCUUCACAGAAGAAACAGUGUCCAUAUUAAAGUCCAGCAGCAUGCCGGCCCGAUCUUUUCUUAUCCAUCCCCAAGGUCUGAAAGACCAAGAAAACUUUGAGACGGACAGCCGUAUCACUCUGCAUGACAAACAUGAGUGUCUCCCUGCUGAGAAAAAAGACAAAGGUUAUUGGGACAAGCGCAAAAAGAACAACGAAGCUGCCAGGCGUUCGCGUGAGAAACGCCGCAUCAGUGACGAGGUGGUAGAAAGCAAGGUUCUGGCUCUUCUUGAAGACAAUGCACGACUGAAAGCUGAGCUACUGGCACUGAAGUUCAAAUUCGGUUUGAUCAAAGAUCCCACAGAUUCACCGGCACAGACCUGCUUCUUUGGUCCACAUAACCAAACAUCUACAGCAUUACCCUACAACUGCCCCACUACAAACUUACAACCUGCUUUUGUUCACGCAUUAUCAAUCCCACAGCAUGGUGGUCCGGAUGGGGCACAAAACUAUGGGUUCUGCAUGCCUGGAGGGUCAAGCAUUGGGAGCCCUGAGCUUUCAGAUGAUGCUGGAGGUAAACAAAUCCAAAAAUUCCAGCCAAGCGGUAUAACAGCAGUGGAUACCAAUUCAUUAGGAUGGCAAGUGAACAAUAUGAAAGGACUUCCUCAUAAAUUGCGAUUCAAGACUCCAUGUGGAAUUGAAGGUGCUGAUGCUGAAGUCCUUCUUCCAGUGGAGAAUACGUCACAGUCUCAGUCUACAGAGGCUUUAUGGAGGCCACAAACACACACAGUGCCAUCAGCUUGUUUAACAGCACAUCAGAAUAACUCUUCAAUUGACAGGAAUAUAGACAGUCACAGUGCUAUUCGAUUCCAGAUCAGUGCAUUGACUGAAGAAGUGGCUCAGCUCAAAAGACUGUUGUUUCAACAUCAGCUCUCCAAAGUGACCUGAAAUCAUCUGUCCCACCUGUCUUCAAAGAAAGAAGCCCAUUUUUCUGAUUGUAACAGACAAGUAUAAGAAGAUAAGUUCACUGGAACAGCUGUCAAUUUAAGUGAAUUUUAAUUUAAUGUAAUGUCCACUGCACGCUGGAUGAAAUAAAAUAAAAAAAUGCUGUAAAA